CAUCUGUGUUGUUCAAGACCACAAUGAGCCGUUUUCUCUGACACUUCUGCUGAGUGCUCUCUCUGAAGUUUUGAGUUUAAAGUGUGGGAUUUUUCAAAAACAUCAAAAUGUACGGAGGACUGAUUGUUAUGAUUGUGACAUGCAGUGUGAAUGGCUUCAACAUUCAGACCUCACCAGUGAAACAUUUCACAAAUGCUGAUCUACUUUUUGGGCAAUCCGUUAUUCAGUCAAUGGAUGGAGUUUUUGUUUCUUCCCCCAUAACUGGAAAACUUUUCAGCUGCACACUAGAGAAUGAAUGUGUCUUGCUAAAUUCUCACGAUGAGACAGCAAAAGUCCUGAGACCAACAACAUCAGUAGCUGCUAGUGUGAUAUCAGACGACGAGCAUCUUCUGUUGUGUAAUCAAGUUGGCACAAAGAAGUCAUCAAUUGAGGAUUUUAAUGGAUAUUUCACAAUGAGAAGCUCAAAACUGAAGCUCAAACUGAAUCCUGCUGAAUUAGUUAAAAAUAAAAAUGCAGCAUUCAACAGCAACAACAACAACAACAACAAUCAUUAUCAUGGUGGACGCAUCAAUCCGGAUGCUGGGACAGAGAUUGCUAUUGUGUUGGAUGGUUCUGGCAGCAUUCAUCCUGAUGACUUUCAGAGAGCCAAAGACUUUAUCAGCAAAGUCAUGACAAAUGUUUGGAAAACAUGUUUUAAUUGUGUUUUUGCAAUAGUGCAGUACGGAAGUAGGAUUAGGACUGAACUCCCACUUCAAGACAAUAAGGAUGCCAGCAGGACCUUGGAAAAAGUUAAGGAAAUAAAGCAACUUGGCAAUCUCACAAAGACCGCUUCAGCCAUCCACUAUGUGCUUACAAAUAUUUUCAUCCCUGAGAUUGGACCAACAAUUAAAUCUAAAAAAAUGAUAAUUGUCUUGUCUGAUGGAAAGAUUUUGGGAGACCCAAUGAACCUUACUGAUGUUUUGAACAUGCCAGAAAUGAAAGAAGUAACUCGCUUUGCCAUUGGAGUAGGAGAGGCGCUUUUGAAUAAUCCUGAGGCAGUUCAAGAGAUGGAGGAAAUAGCAGAUACCAAUAAGUUUUUUAAUGUUUCCAAUUAUGCUGCCUUAGACGACAUCCUUUCUGAACUGAAACAAAGCAUAACUGGAACUAAUGCCUUAGAUGACAUCGUUUAUGAACUGGAACAAAGCAUAACUCCAACACAAGCCUUAGAUGACAUUGUUUCUGAAAUGGAACAAAGCAUAACUGAAACUAUAGAUGAGAAAGUUUCAUGGGUUUUUAAGGGAUGUUUAGUAGGAUGUACAGACUGCUCUUCGCCAUAAAGGAAGGGUAAUGUUUUUAAACCAGCAUAUAAGACAAAAUGUCCCAGUUUGACUUGAAUGACUUGAUUUGAAUUAUUCUUAACAGAACAAAAAAUUGCAAUUUCUUUGUUCUGAACUUUAAAAUAAAAUAUUAUAACAUUGUAUUGUUAAUAUUCUUGAUAUAAGUAAAACAUUUAAAUUCAGUGGGUUAAUAAACGCCUUUUGAAGUGAAACAAUAGGUGUGUGUGAGAAAAGGUUCAUAUUUAAUGCUUAUUUAGUUAUAUAUUAUUUAGCUUAUACUUUUAUAAAGCAAAAUCUAAGUGAGAUAGAUAGACUGAAAUGCUGUAGAAUUGAGUCCUGGGGCAGAACCUUGUCUUUUAGUGACUUCAUGUAAUAAUUUCUAGUGCCAGGAGUGUUUGUUAUUUUGCUUUGAAAAUUACAAUGAGAUUUGAUUUGCUUUAUUAGAUACAUGACCAUUGUACACAACAGUCUGUUUAUGUGAUAAAACUCCCUCAGCUGAUGCGGGUACAUUGUAGAGACCUGUCAAAGGUCAAAGAAAGGAAAAGUGCAGCCUGAUCAACCAACCUUUUCACAAAGGUUGCGUGUGCGUGUGUGUUUGUACAUACAUACAUCUGUGUUGUAUUUUCUUAUAUAGGCUAUGUAUGCACUAACAUUUGCAAAUUUGAAUAUAUGAAUUUCACUAUUUACUCUUCUACUUAUUUUUACUUAUGCUGGUAUAAUGGCCUUAUUAAUGACCUUGUCUGUGAAACCAGGUAAAUAUCAUUUUCCUGACAAAGAGAGAGCUAGUGAGAGCUAUUAUACAAGACCUGUCUGUCUGUCUGUCUGUCUGUCUAUCGUCUGCCUGUAUGUCUAAAAGUCUUUUAAAGUUUACAUUUCUUAUCUUUGGGUUUUUAAUGGUUUAAUUUGCUUGAUUGCCUUACAUAUGACUCUUUUGUAGCACUCUGAGAUUUUCUUUAAAAUGUAAAGUGCUUUAUAAAUAAAAUGCAUUAUUAUUAUUAUUAUCCACACCCUUUUAUGUAAAACUAACUUGAACCUAUAGGAAAAUUGUGUAAAACUCUGUUCUAUGACAGUAGCAUUGAGAGGGGGCUUUGGGUUCUUAGCCCUUGUGUUUGGUCAAAAGCCCCUAAUCUUUUAAAGAUUUACAAGUUUAGUUCAAAAAUGUAAUCAAUUUUAUUAUUAUUACUUAUUAAUUGUUUUCAUACUACACAAAUUAUUAUUUGACGUGUGAUUUUUUUCUGUUAAAAGCAGCUGUGAAAUCGUUUGUCUAGCGUUGUUAAACUGUUCCGGCCUGCAGGUGGCACUGUUCACCACACACAAUUGAAGGAAUAGUCCACGCAAAAAAAAUGAAAAUUCUUUCAUCAUUUUCUCACUCUCAUGUUGUUACAAACCUGUAUACAUUUCUUUGUUCUGAUGAACACAAAGGAAGAAAUUUUGAGGAAUGUUUUUAACCAAACCUAUCAUGAGCCCCACUUCUUUCCACCUUUUUUCAAACGUGAAAGUAAGUGAUGUGAUGUGACGUAUUUCCCUUCUUUGUGCGAGACGUCCGUUUCGAUAGCCGGUAGUGAUGCAGAGUCCGAUUCAUUUUCGCGAACCGGCUCUUUUCGGACAGUUCGGUUCAUUGAACCGGUUCAAAAACCGGUUCCUGACGUCAUCAAGAAAUUACAUUACUACGCAUUUUUUGUAUCAAUGAAACAUUCAAAUAAAGUCGUUUGUGUCAACACAUUAAAACAUUUAAAUAAAAGUUGUUUUUGUGAAGGCAUAACUGAUUUAUUGCCUUGCAUUCACAAGUUAGUAAUGUUUGUGGUCACAGUUUAAAUCGCGGAUCAUAAAUAAAUAGUAAAUGCCAGAUAUAAUU